AUGCAUGCCUUAAUCGAAGUUUUAAGGUGCCAGUUUGCAAGGCCAUCAAAGGUCCAGUCGGCACUUACAGACCACUCCGAAUUGGACCCGAACAAGGAAUGGAGCCCAUUGUAUUAUGCGGCAUACCAUAAUCGCGAAGCCGCGCUUGUACACUUCCUCAAGGCCGGCCAGUAUCCGGAUGGACGUCCCGAGUGCGAGGCAUCGCCAUUGUGUGUUGCCGUAGCAGCGGGCCACACGACAAUAGUGAAGAUACUGUGUGCUGCUGGCGCAUCCGUCAAUUCGAGGACAAAAAAGAAGGGAGAGACUGCAUUGCAUAUCGCGAUUCGGUCUCGAAAAGACGAUAUAAGGGAUUUGCUGAUUGCUCAGAGGCCGGACCUUGAAGCUCGAACAGCGCUUCUGGAAACUCCUCUCCAUUAUGCUGCCACACAGGGAGCAUCACUCGCAUCGGUCGUUGUAUUGCUCAAGCUUGGAGCAAACUACGAGGCGACCAACAGUCAUGGACAGACUCCAGCCGAAGUCGCAAUCAUCGGAUCAAAUAUUCUUGCUGCGCUUGCCAUCAUAAGCUGUGCCAGGGGCCAACGAACGAAGCUAUCGAAAGAAAAGGAAUUGUUACUGAAGCACGUUGAGAAGGUUCAAAAUCGUUUCUCCAUGAAUAACGAACUUAUUGCGGAUAUUUUCGAAGCCGGGUGUGACCCCGAUUCCACCGUCCUUAUCGAGUCAAUCAAACGAAAUGAUGCAGCAAUGGUACAAAUGUUUCUCGAGAAAGGGGCGGAUCCUAACCGACGAGCAGCGACAGGACUAUUACCCCUGUUUGUUGCCCUGACCUGUGCUAAUGCGCAAGUAGUGCAACUACUUGUGAAGCAUGGUUCAGAUGUUACCGUCCGCGAUGCGGAGGGGCUGACAGUGCUACAAGCUGUAUUAGAGAGCCCGUUGGCAGGAGAUAAAGAAGUCAUACCCAGCCUAUUCGAAGCACUCCUUGCUGCUGGUGCAGAUAUCAACGCGGCCUACUCUGAUGGAAGGACACUUCUUCAUGCAGUCGUCGCCCCUGGUCGAGGAUUUGCACGGGUUGCUCGGCUCUUGAUCGAGUAUGGAAUAGAGGUGAAUCGAAAAGAUAAAUCAGGUCGACCGUGCAUCGAGGAAGGGGCACUCGUGAUCGAAGCAUUGCUCACUGAAAGAGGCAAGGAUGCACCAGGAAGGAGUAACUGUAUCGGCCACGAGGACCAUCAUCAAAAGAGUGCAUUGUACUUUGCGGCAGUGCUAGGUAAACCCACUUUCGUCGCAAUUUUGCUCAAGUACGGCGCACCAUUAGUGCUGAAUGACUGGACAACCGGUAAAGGCAUUGUACAGCCAACUACGCCUGCCAACAAAAGAACAUUACGCCUCAUUGCUGAGCAUGAGUGGAUGCGUAGGGUGGCUGCAUUUCAGCGUCUAUCCAAGGGCAAUCAUAGGGAUUCCGCUCUGCCCAGAGUUCUCCCAACUGAGGAUCUGGUAAACAUGAUUGCUCUAGGACUCGACACCGAUGCCACCAAGGUCCCGGCAAACGUUGGUAGUCCUCAUUCUCUGUUAUGGAUGAUCCUAAAUUUGUCGCUUGUCCAGCCGCCUGUGCCCAAGGUCUACCUCGAGUCAACAGUAACUAUCAUCCUGGCCUCUGGAGGUGAUCCCAAUGCACUAACGGCCAGUGACUCGGCGAUUCCAAGACACGCGCCAUCACCAGGUCUCAAGACACGCCAUCCCCUGGCUUUCCUUCUAGAACGGCAUCCGGCAAUUGAUAUCGGCUUGAUCCGCGUGUUCUUAUCCUACAAAUCGAAAUUGACCAUUGCUUCUACACACUAUAAUGGACGUUACCCUCUUCACUCGGCAGUGCAUGCAAAUCGUCUCGACAUCAUUGAGGAGUUCCUGAAUUAUAAAGCGGAUCCCAAUGCACUUGAUGCCAGUGGACAGACUCCUCUUUUCAUUGCUGCAUCACGUGGAUUGCUUGAGAUAUCGGAAAGACUGCUGCAAGCGGGGUCAAAGGUCGGUCUUCGAGAUAAAGAGGGCAACACGGCCCUGCACACUGCAGUUAAAUCGGGCGAUCCUCAGGCAAUGGUUCAAAACACCAAAGGUCAAACUCCACUAGCAUCCUUUAGUCACAAUAAGUCCACGGGUAAAAAUGCAGAGAGCACUAUUGCUAUGCUGAAGCGCGCUGAAGCUCAAGAAAUGAAGGCUCUAGACGUCACCGAGAAGCGAAGAAAAGAAAAACAGCAAGAAUAUCUAAGCAAGCCACGCUCAUCACGCCCGCAAUUAGGUUCGCAAACAGACACUCGGAUUCGCACUUUGAGUGGCAAGUCUUCCUCGGAACAGAGUCUCACGAUACCACACAAGUCAGAGGAGAGACCACCAAUCCGCCCACACCCUUCAAACUCAAAAAUCGCAUCUACAUCAGUGCCUUCUUCGCCAGAUACAGCGAAACGACCGGAGCCUAGGAGGACCCCAUCGCCUCUUGUGCCUCCUGUGCCCAAAUCCAAUGUACCAAAAGCACCAGCCAAACCAGCUCCCAAUCUGCACAAAGUCCUGCCUCAACCACGUAUAGACAGUGGCUUCGGUCAAGCCAAACCGGUACCUACCCCGGAUAAAACGAAAACUACACUAGAAAGCAGUGGUGUACCUGUAACGAAGCGAAAAUCGCAGGACGAGCUUCAAGACUGGCUUUCUAUGAGUAAAGCUCUCGACAGGUUGUGA